AUGCAAGAACCCGGGUUUCCCACCGGCUCCUCGCUGUCCCCAAGCGCCCCGAGGAAGAGGACGCGGCGGCGGCGCACGGUGUUCAGCACACAACAGCUGCGGGUCCUGGAGGAAUUCUUUGAGAGGAAACGCUACGGGACCUAUGAGGAACGCGAGACCCUGGCGACCAGGCUGAACCUGCAGGAGAACCGAGUGCAGGUGUGGCUCAAGAACCGCAGGGCCAAAGACUGCAGGCUGCAGCGACUGCGAGGGCAUCCCGGUGAGAGAGCCCACGCUGGGCCCCAGAAACUGGGAGUCUGGGCCCCUCAGGCUGCUCCUGAGCCUGCGGGCCCUGUGUAUCAGGAGGACCCUGUGCUGCCGGCCAGCUCUGUGCUUCCUGCCAGCCCUGUGCUGCCGGCCACAGCAGCCAGGAUGCAAGAACCCGGGUUUCCCACCGGCUCCUCGCUGUCCCCAAGCGCCCCGAGGAAGAGGACGCGGCGGCGGCGCACGGUGUUCAGCACACAACAGCUGCGGGUCCUGGAGGAAUUCUUUGAGAGGAAACGCUACGGGACCUAUGAGGAACGCGAGACCCUGGCGACCAGGCUGAAGUUGCAGGAGUGCCAAGUGCAGGCAUGGCUCCAGAACCGCAGGGACAGAGACCACAGGCUGCAGCGACUUCGAGAGCAUCCAGGUGAGAGAGCACACGCUGCGCUCCAGGAACAGGGAGUCUGCGCCCCGCAGGCUGCUCCUGCGGUCCCUGCGUCCCAGGAGGACCCUGUGCUCCCCGCCGGCCCUGUGUUCCCAGCCGGCCGUGUGCUCCUGCUCCUCGAUGGCCCUGUUCUCCCUGCCGCCACACUGCACCACGGGGGCCCAGGUUUCUGCAGGCUCCCUCAGCACAGACCCUUGCAAGUCUUCCCAGCAGCAGAUCCCAGUGCUUUUCGUUGCCUGUUACUUAUCUGUUUGUUCCUUCUAUCUAUGGCAAACGGAUGCUGUCAAACCUAA